AAUUGCUGCUCCCGCCACCGACACCGCCCCCCAUGGCCUACAUACCAGGUGGGGGUGCCCCAGCAGCGGGGGUGGCCCCUGUGGGCACCCAGUAUUGCGUGUGCAAGGUGGAACUGUCAGUGAGUGGCCAGAACCUGCUGGACCGGGAUGUCACCUCCAAGUCUGACCCCUUCUGUGUCCUCUUUACGGAGAAUGAUGGCAGGUGGAUGGAGUACGACAGGACAGAAACGGCAGUCAACAACCUCAACCCCGCGUUCUCCAAGAAGUUCGUCCUCGACUACCACUUUGAGGAGGUGCAGAAGCUCAAGUUUGCCCUAUUUGACCAGGACAAGUCCAGCAUGCAGCUGGAUGAGCAUGACUUCCUGGGCCAGUUCUCCUGCAGCCUGGGCACGAUCGUCUCCAGCAAGAAGAUGACUCGGCCUCUGCUGCUGCUGAAUGACAAGCCUGCAGGGAAGGGCUUGAUUACGAUUGCUGCCCAGGAGCUGUCAGACAACCGGGUCAUCACACUGAGUCUGGCGGGCAGGAAGCUGGACAAGAAGGACCUCUUUGGGAAAUCGGACCCAUUUCUUGAGUUUUAUAAGCCAGGAAAUGAUGGCAAGUGGAUGCUGGUCCACAGGACUGAGGUGAUCAAGUACACGCUGGACCCUGUGUGGAAACCCUUCGCUGUGCCAUUGGUGUCCCUGUGUGAUGGGGACAUGGAGAAGCCCAUCCAGGUCAUGUGCUACGACUAUGACAACGAUGGGGGCCACGACUUCAUUGGCGAGUUCCAGACCUCAGUGUCACAGAUGUGCGGGGCUCAUGAUGGCGUCCCGCUGGAGUUCGAGUGCAUCAACCCCAAGAAGCAGAGGAAGAAGAAGAACUAUAAAAAUUCGGGCAUCAUUAUCCUGCGUUCCUGCAAGAUAAACCGGGACUACUCCUUCCUGGACUACAUCUUGGGAGGCUGCCAGCUCAUGUUUACCGUUGGGAUAGACUUCACAGCCUCCAAUGGGAACCCCCUUGACCCUUCCUCUUUGCAUUAUAUCAACCCCAUGGGUACCAAUGAGUACUUGUCAGCCAUCUGGGCUGUCGGACAGAUCAUUCAGGACUACGACAGGGUACUCCAGAUCAGUGGGCAGAACACCCAGGAAGCCAGCACAUCGGGAGGAAGAAGCAGAGUCCCACACUCCCAGACGCACUGGUCUAGCGGACCUGCUUUUAGCCCCUGCAAGGUGUCUCAGGUCACACUGGGUGCAGCAGAGAAGGGGAGGCUGGUAUCUGGCGGCCAGGAUGCAUCCUCCUUCACCAGCGAUGGCACCCAGGGAGGGAGGAAGAGGCAGUGUGUGCUCUGGGCUGUGACCAGGGCAGUGUUCCGGUGGAUGCAAGGCCUGCAAGGGCAGAGGACCCAGGGAGCAGGCUGCCCAGGGAGGUGGCUAAGAUUUGGCUGUAGAUGGGGAAGAAGCACCACCUUCCAGGGGAUUAGAGACGUUUUAGAGGGAUGGGGGAGAGAGGGAAAGGGUACCAGGGGCCUCAGGGCCCUGCUGAGUGCCCACUUGACCCGCUCCCUGCAGCAAUACUUCAUCCUCCUCAUCAUCACGGACGGUGUCAUUAGCGACAUGGAGGAGACUCGGCACGCCGUGGUGCAGGCUUCCAAGCUGCCAAUGUCCAUCAUCAUUGUGGGUGUGGGCAACGCUGACUUCACAGCCAUGGAGUUCCUGGACGGGGACAGCCGCAUGCUGCGCUCCCACACGGGUGAGGAGGCAGCCCGCGAUAUUGUGCAGUUUGUGCCCUUUCGAGAGUUCCGCAACGCGGCAAAAGAGACGUUGGCCAAAGCCGUGCUGGCGGAGCUGCCCCAACAAGUUGUGCAGUAUUUCAAGCAUAAAAACCUGCCCCCCACCAACUCAGAGCUCGCCUGA